AUGGCAGAAGCCAAAGGCGCUCUCUACACGGUUAGCUCUGGGGCUGCCGAAACACAAUUGCUGGUGGAAUCGCUUGAGGCUGUUCUCGAUGCCCAGCCUGACGCUAUUGAGUACCAUGAAGUCAAUAAAAUUGUUGAUGAGAAAUUCAUUGUCGGCAUGGAGGAGCCAUUGUACUUGAUCAGGUGGAAGGGUUAUUGCAAAGAAUACGACACCUGGGAGCCGGCUGUGAACUUUAAAGACUGUAAAAAGGUCCUCCAGAAAUGGAAACUAAAAAAACUGGCAAAGCAGAAGGCUCAACCUCAGCAUGAGGAGAUAGUCAGGGCAACAUCGUCUGCCAGCGGUGAGGUUCCUGUCCAAAAGAGAAGGCCUGGAAGGCCAAAGGGGAGUAAAGACAAAGAGCCGCGUCCUAAGAGAAAUCGAAAACGAAGCAGAUCAGAGAGUGGUGACUCUGAAAUAGAGUCCAUUGUCAGCAAGAAAUCUAAUUCGACCACCCAAUCCCUCCAGAAACUCCAAAUUUAUAGUCCUAGAGGGGACGAUCCAGAAGACAGAACCCAAAAACACCCAGACCGUCUCAAGUUUUUGAAAAAAUUAAAACGUCUGAGCGGGCCCGAGAUCACAGUUGUCAACACCGUUGACACGGUUCCUUGCCCUCCCCUCGAAUUCACCUUCUUAGAUGAUUAUGUCUACAGAGAAGGCGUUCCCGUCCCCGACCCCGAAUUCAACUGGGGCUGCGAAUGCAACCAUGCUUUCGGAUGUCAAACUACGAAUACGGACUGUCACUGCGUAGAGGGCAAUCAUUCCGACCUACGGCGGCUUGCAUAUAAGCAUAAAGGGUUGCUUAAAUACCCUGCGGAAAAUGCAUACGCUAUACACGAGUGCAAUGAGAAGUGCACCUGCAAUUUUCGGUGUCCUAAUAAGGUUGUGUUGAAGGGACGACAGGUUCCGUUGGAGAUCUUCAAGACGGAGCACAAAGGUUGGGGUUUACGCUGUCCUGUUGACUUGGAAGCUGGUCAAUUCAUAGACCGUUAUAUCGGCGAAGUCAUUACGGAACAAGAAGCAGAAAGGCGCACCAAAAUCCAGGAGAAAAUAGGACUUACAUACCUUUUUGAUCUUGACAAAUUUGUCGAGGAAGAUGAAGAUGAAGAAGACGACGAUGACAAUGACAAUGGUUCGAAUGGCGAGGGAGCCACCAAGAAGGAAGUUUACUGUGUCGACGGCGCAGAUUAUGGUGGCGUCACCCGAUUCAUAAACCACUCUUGCGAGCCUAAUAUGAUGGUUCAUGUGGUCACUCACAACAGAUCCGACCUAAGAACGUAUGACUUAGCUUUGUUUACAUCCCGCAAGAUCCCCGCGGGCGAGGAGUUGACGUUUGAAUACGUUCGAAACGAGGGUUGGAAACCAGGUGAUCCCAUUCCCGAGGAUAAAAUGAAGUUUCCUUGCUAUUGUGGGGCGAAGAAGUGCUACGGGUGGCUGUUCUAG